CGCGAACAGACGCUUGAUUUGGUCCUGGACGGACGCCGUAGCCUAGAGGCUGGGCGGAUGUUGUGAGCCGGGUCGCGGCGGCCGAGGCUAGGGCCUCCAGGACCACUGGCAGCCCAUGAGAGAUGAAGGAUGGCAUCCAAGGGGGCCGGCAUGUCUUUCUCCCGCAAGAGCUAUAGGCUGACUUCAGAUGCUGAGAAAUCCAGGGUCACAGGCAUUGUGCAUGAGAAGCUGCUGAAUGACUACUUGCACCGCGUCUUUUCUUCUGACCAUGAACCCCUCGCAGCCUCCAGCAGGAAACCCCUGAACUUCCAGAACCUGACAGAACAUCUGGACCAGCUGCUACAGGUGGACAAUGAGGAUGAGGAAAGCCAGGGACAGGUUGAAGGGCGGCUUGGCCCAUCUACUGUAGUCCUGGACCACACAGGUGGCUUUGAGGGGCUUCUUCUGGUAGAUGACGACCUGCUGGGGGUGAUUGGACACAGCAACUUUGGCACUAUCCGCUCUACCACAUGUGUGUACAAAGGGAAAUGGGUCUACGAGGUGCUCAUCUCCUCCCAAGGGCUCAUGCAGAUCGGCUGGUGCACCAUCAACUGCCGCUUCAAUCAGGAGGAGGGGGUUGGAGAUACACACAACUCCUAUGCCUAUGAUGGCAACCGGGUACGCAAGUGGAAUGUGACCACAACGAAUUAUGGCAAGGCAUGGGCAGCAGGGGACAUCGUGAGCUGCCUGAUUGAUCUGGAUGAUGGUACUCUGUCCUUCUGCCUGAAUGGUGUGUCACUGGGUACUGCCUUUGAGAACCUUUCCAGGGGCCUGGGCAUGGCCUACUUCCCAGCCAUCAGCCUCUCUUUCAAGGAAUCCGUCGCCUUCAACUUCGGCAGCCGUCCUCUGCGCUACCCGGUGGCAGGCUACCGGCCCCUGCAGGACCCACCAUGUGCUGACCUGGUGCGGGCACAGAGGUUGCUGGGCUGUUUCCAGGCAGUGCUGAGUGUGGAGCUGGACCCUGUGGAGGGGCGGCUGCUGGACAAGGAGGGCUCCGAGUGGCAAUUACAGGGCCAGCCCACCAUCCUCCUUACACUGGCCCACAUCUUCCAUCACUUCGCACCACUGCUGCGCAAGGUAUACCUGGUGGAAGCUGUGCUCAUGAACUUCUUGCUGGGCAUCGUGGAGAAGGGCACACCUUUGCAGGCACAGACCAUGGUGCACCAGGUCCUGGACCUCUUGUGGCUCUUCAUGGAGGACUAUGAGGUACAGGAUUGCCUCAAGCAGUUGAUGAUGUCUCUGCUACGGCUGUACCGGUUCUCACCCAUUGUCCCAGACCUAGGCCUACAGAUCCACUACCUGCAGCUCACUAUUGCCAUCCUGAAGCAUAGGAAAUCCCGCAAGUUUCUGCUUAGCAACGUCCUCUUCGACGUGCUCCGGUCCGUUGUCUUCUUUUACAUCAAGAGCCCCCUCCGUGUGGAGGAGGCUGGCCUGCAGGAGCUCAUUCCCACCACCUGGUGGCCCCACCGCUCCAGCAGGGAGGGCAAAGAGAGUAAGGGGGUGAAGGAGGAGGCUGCUGAGGAGCGGAUACGGCGGCGAGCCUACGAACGGGGCUGCCAAAGGCUCAAGAAGCGCAUUGAAGUGGUAGAAGAACUGCAGGUCCAGAUCCUGAAGCUACUAUUGGACAAUAAAGAUGACAACGGGGGCGAAGCUUCGAGGUACAUCUUCUUGACCAAAUUCCGCAAGUUUCUUCAGGAGAAUGCCAGUGGUCGAGGGAACAUGCCCAUGCUCUGCCCGCCUGAGUAUAUGGUCUGCUUCUUGCAUCGGCUGAUCUCUGCCCUACGCUACUACUGGGAUGAGUACAAGGCUUCCAACCCCCAUGCUUCCUUCAGUGAAGAGGCCUACAUCCCGCCUCAGGUCUUCUAUAAUGGCAAGGUGGACUACUUCGACCUGCAGCACCUGGGGGGCCUCCUCUCACACCUUCGGAAAACCCUCAAAGAUGACCUUGCUUCCAAAGCCAACAUUGUGAUUGACCCACUAGAGCUCCAGGCGGCCACCAUGGAUGACCUAGACGAAGAUGAAGAGCCAGCCCCAGCUGUGGCCCAGCGCCCCACGCAGGCCUUGGCUGUGGGAGGUGCACUGCCCCUGCCCCGGCCUGGCUGGCUCAGUUCUCCAACCCUGGGCCGAGCUAACCGCUUCCUCAGCACAGCGGCUGUGAGCCUCAUGACUCCACGGCGGCCUCUGAGCACCUCAGAAAAAGUGAAGGUCCGCACACUGAGCGUGGAGCAGAGGACACGUGAGGACAUUGAGGGCAACAACUGGAACGAGGGCCUGCUGCUGGGGCGGCCCCCUGAGGAGCCUGAGCAGCCCCUCACUGAGAACUCGCUGCUGGAAGUCCUGGAUGGUGCCAUCAUGAUGUAUAAUCUUAGUGUCCACCAGCAGCUGGGCAAGAUGGUGGGUGUUUCCGAUGAUGUCAAUGAAUAUGCUAUGGCUCUGAGGGACACAGAGGACAAGCUGCGCCGGUGCCCCAAGAGGAGGAAGGACAUCCUUGCAGAAUUGACCAAGAGUCAGAAAGUUUUCUCAGAAAAGCUGGACCAUCUGAGCCGCCGUCUUGCCUGGGUCCAUGCCACUGUCUAUUCCCAGGAGAAGAUGCUGGACAUCUAUUGGCUGCUGCGCAUCUGCCUGCGGACCAUUGAGCACAGUGAUCGUACAGGCUCUCUCUUUGCUUUUAUGCCUGAGUUCUACCUGAGCGUGGCCAUCAACAGCUACAGUGCUCUCAAGAAUUACUUCGGCCCUGUGCAUAGCAUGGAGGAGCUCCCAGGCUAUGAAGAGACCUUGACCCGCCUGGCUGCCAUCCUUGCCAAACACUUCGCUGACACACGCAUCGUGGGCACUGACAUCCGAGACUCACUGAUGCAGGCCCUGGCCAGCUACGUGUGCUACCCACACUCCCUGCGGGCUGUGGAACGAAUCCCCGAGGAGCAGCGUAUCGCCAUGAUACAGAACCUCCUUGCACCCUAUGAGCAGCGGCCCUGGGCCCAGACCAACUGGAUCCUAGUGCGGCUGUGGAGGGGCUGUGGGUUCGGGUACCGCUAUACACGACUACCACAUCUGCUGAAAACCAAGCCUGAGGAUGCCAAUUUGCCGAGCCUCCAGAAGCCCUGCCCCUCCACCCUGCUGCAGCAGCACAUGGCGGACCUGCUGCGGGAAGGCCCUGAUGUAGCACCCAGCUUCCUCAACAGCGUCCUCAACCAGCUCAACUGGGCAUUCUCUGAAUUCAUUGGCAUGAUUCAGGAGAUUCAGCAGGCUGCUGAACGUCUGGAGCGAAACUUUGUGGACAGCCGGCAGCUCAAGGUAUGCGCCACCUGCUUUGACCUCUCGGUCAGCCUGCUGCGUGUCCUGGAGAUGACCAUCACGCUAGUGCCUGAGAUAUUCCUUGACUGGGCUCGACCUAACUCUGAGAUGCUCCUGCGGCGUCUUGCACAGCUGCUGAACCAGGUGUUGAACCGGGUGACAGCUGAGAGGAACCUGUUUGACCGUGUGGUAACCCUACGGCUGCCUGGCCUAGAGAGUGUGGACCAUUACCCCAUUCUGGUGGCAGUGACGGGCAUCCUGGUACAGCUCCUGGUACAUGGCUCAGCCUCAGAGCGGGGCCCCGUGGCCAGGCACACGAAGACGCCCGCAUGCCGCUGCUGCACGUUUCCUAUGGCCAAGCUGCCGUCUGCCAGCACUGUGAUACUACCGUCGCGGGAUCCUGGCGCCAUGAGCAGCUCAUGCUGUGGUGAAACCCAGGCGAUGCGCAGGGCCGGCGCGCUGGUGUUGCAGUAUAGCCUCAGGGACCGACCCACCUGCGCAUGCAGCUGCUCUUCCGGCCGCUCUAGGCUGAAAGCUGGGGCAGCAGUGCAGUUCUCGAAGACUCGGCUGUGCUCAAAGAAGCGCACGCGGGACGACAGAAAGAGCCACAUCAGUGCUUCUGGCAGAUCCCUGCUUUCAGCUCCGCUCAAUAUCCUAUCUCCUGGGGCAGCCAGAGCCCCCAGCACCUGGCACUGCCCUGCCAGUCCCUGACCGGAAGCGCUUCUCCCUGCAGAGCUGUGAGUGGGGUGGGGAAGGCGGUCAGGUGCCUUGAAAACAGCAAAUUCCCAGGCUGGAAUAUUCUUUUUUUUUUGUAGAGACAUAGUCUCACUUUAUGGCCCUCGGUGUGCCGUGGCCUCACCCAGCUCACAGCAACCUCCAGCUCCUGGGCUUAAGCGAUUCUCUUGCCUCAGCCUCCCAAGUAGCUGGGACUACAGGCGCCUGCCACAACGCCCGGCUAUUUUUUGGUUGCAGUUCCGCCGGGGCUGGGUUUGAAUCCGCUACCCUCGGUAUAUGGGGCCGGCGCCUUACCGACUGAGCCCCAGGCGCCGCCCCAGGCUGGGAAUAUUCAAGGGAUACCGUGUUCUUGGGCCACAUUUGGCCUGAUUCUACCUACCACU